AUGCGCACCACCCGCUGCGCGGCCCCGCCCCGAGCAUCCCGCGCCGACGGGGCUGCGUCGGAUCGAGCUGCAGGGCGAGAGUUAUGGCCGCUGCGAGACAGCCGCAGGCCGAGGAGCUGCUGGCCGAGGCCCGGAGAGCCUUCCGGGAGGAGUUCGGGGCAGAGCCCGAGCUGGCCGUGUCGGCGCCAGGCCGCGUCAACCUCAUCGGGGAGCACACGGACUACAACCAGGGCCUGGUGCUGCCCAUGGCACUGGAGCUUGUGACUGUGCUGGUAGGCAGCCCCCGGGCGGAUGGGCUUGUCUCCCUCCUCACCACCUCUGAGGACGCCGAUGAGCCCCGGCGGCUGCAGUUUCCACUGCCCACAGCCCAGCGGUCGCUGGAGCCUGGGACCCCCCGCUGGGCCAACUAUGUCAAGGGAGUGAUUCAGCACUACCCAGCUGCCCCCCUCCCUGGCUUCAGUGCGGUGGUGGUCAGCUCAGUGCCUCUGGGGGGUGGGCUGUCCAGCUCGGCAUCCCUGGAAGUAGCCACGUACACCUUCCUGCAGCAGCUCUGCCCAGACUCGGGGGCAAUAGCUGCCCGGGCCCAGGUGUGUCAGCGGGCCGAGCACAGCUUCGCAGGGGUGCCCUGUGGCAUCAUGGACCAGCUCAUCGCACUGCUGGGGCAGAAGGGCCACGCGCUGCUCAUUGACUGCAGGUCCCUGGAGACAAGCCUGGUGCCGCUGUCAGACCCCAAGCUGGCCGUGCUCAUCACCAACUCCAAUGUCCGCCACUCACUAGGCUCCAGCGAGUACCCCCUGCGGCGGCGCCAGUGUGAGGAAGUGGCCCGGGCACUGGGCAAGGAGAGCCUUCGGGAGGUGCAGCUGGAGGAGCUGGAGGGUGAGAGCGGGCUGGCAGAGAGCAGAGGCCACACAGCUCUCCUCCACUCACACCUAGAGGGUGGACACGCAGCUCUGGUAGAAAGGAGGAAGAGAUUGCUCAGCUGCUUUGAGCAAGUUAUGGCGCUGAGGCCCAGAUAUGACGAGAUGGGGCCCGCCACAUUGGAAGACUUCUGGGAGACCAGAAAAUGUCCCAGUUUCCAAAAGUCCAAAGGGGGGUUCUGGAAAAUGACACCUGAUAAGCUUGAUGUCCACCCCCAGCAAAUAACUGUGCUCAGAAGAAUUUGUUGAUGGAGGCCUGUCAGCCC